AUGCAUUACAAAAACAAUCUUCUCGCCGCUGCGGCUAUCAUCCCAGCCAUCCAGCUCUCUGCCGCCGAGACUAUUCUCGGUGCUUACAUCUUCCACCGUCACGGCGACCGCACAUCCAAAAGCACCCCGCCUGCCUCCCUCACUGACCUGGGAUACCACGAAGUUCUCGGUGCAGGCACAAAUUUCCAUGACCGUUACAUUGCCGAUGGCUCAGCGACCCAGAUCCUAGGCAUCCAGAGCGAGACCGUCAAAUUAUCGCAGUUGGCCGUCAGCGCGCCUCUGGACAAUGUCCUCCAGAACUCGGCCGCGGGCUGGCUUCAGGGUCUUUAUCCGCCUGUCGGUAGCGCAUCGAACCAGACUCUUCGCAAUGGCACUGUCGUUGAAGCUCCCUUGAAUGGAUAUCAGCUUAUUCCGAUUAGUAUCAUAAGCCCCGGCAGCGGAAGUGAAGAUAACGCAUGGCUUCAAAGCUCUUCAUCCUGCAACAAUGCCCUAAUCAGCAGUAAUGAAUUCUUCAGCUCAGAUAUCUACCUUGAAUAUCUCAACUCCACCACGGACUUGUACCAAAAUGUGGCUCCUGCAGUGAAUGCCACCUUCACCGAGUCCCAGCUGAGCUUUAAGAAUGCCUACGUUAUCUGGGAUUUGCUCAAUGUUGCAUUAAUUCACAAUUCGACUACGGAUUACCCUGCGCUCAGCGGCGUGAGUAACGAGACUAUGCAUGAGCUUCUCGUUCUCGCUAAUAUUCACGAAUACAACCUCGCCUACAACGCUUCCAACACCGCGCGUGCCAUUGCCGGCUCCCAGCUCGCCAGCCAGGUCCUGCUCGCUCUCAAUAAUACCAUUACCAGCGCAAAUGACGCCAGACUCAACGUCCAGUUUGGGUCUUACGGUACUUUCCAAUCCUAUUUUGGUCUCGCCAACCUCACCGCUGCCGACCGCAUCUUCUACGGCAUCCCCGAUUAUGCGUCUAGCAUGGUCUGGGAACUGGUCACCAACGCCACAGUGACUAACGGCGCAUUCCCAUCUGCAUCCGACGUCAGCGUGCGCUUCCUCUUUAACAACGGCACUUCAGCAACCACCACCAACCUAACCGCGUACCCGCUAUUCGGUGGCACAGAGACUGAACUCCCCUGGACAGACUUUGUGACUCAGACACAAAAGUUUGCGGUCACGAGUCAGGAUCAGUGGUGUCAGGUUUGCGGUAAUACCACCGGUGUUUGUGCCAGCACAACUGCUUCCAGUUCAUCUUCUUCGGCUUCGUCGUCGUCGGUGAGCAGUGGAUCGGGCAUUUCGAAUGCUGUUGCGGGUGUGAUUGGUGCUAUGGUUACGCUUGGCGUUAUCCUUGGUCUGGAGGUUAUUGCUAUGUUGCUGGGUGGAUUGAGACUUGUUAAGAAGAAGUCUUUGGUUGCUUUAGCUGACGCUGGUGCUGAGAGUGCUACUGGUGGAAAGUAG